AUGCGCCCUCAUUACAUCGACAUCCUCACAAUCGCCGCCGCCCAGCUUUCGGGCAUCCUCGCAGCUCCCACCUAUGAAUACACUCAGACAAGCCUAGCAUCUUACAACCAGCGCAAAGGCGAUGGCGAGGAUUAUGAUCUUGAGCCUUCGGCAAAUUUUGCCUUUUCCGGCAUCACCACAUUUUCCAAACUUCCACAAGCACAAUGCCUGACGGAAACUGGUCCGGUCGACGAUAUCUUGAUCUUGGGAUUCCCAUUUGACACUGCAACAUCGUACAGAACCGGUACACGAUUCGGACCAAAUGCCAUUCGACAAGGUUCUCGGGCUGCUUCUCUUGCUGGUCAUUUCAACUAUCGCCAAUCGAUCAAUCCGUACAUUCAGAACAUAUCCGUGGUUGAUUGUGGAGAUCUUCCCAUUUCUCCCUUCGAUAAUGGUCUAGCUUUUGCUCAGAUGGAAGAUUGGUACAAGAGGCUGUUGUGGCGAGAAGUCAAGUCUCCGGAUAAAGGUGUCAGAUCCCUAAAGACUGGCCGCGCACACCCUCAGGUUGUCGCCUUGGGAGGCGAUCAUAGUAUUUCACUGCCUAUUUUGCGAGCCUUGAACACGGUCUAUGGAAAAGUGUCGGCCAUUCAUAUCGACGCACACAUCGAUACGUGGUCUCCAAAGGUCUUCGCCGGAGCUAAUGCUGCGAGUAAACAAGCGGAGUUUGCCGAUGGAACUCCGUACUACUGGGCAGGCAUGGAAGGUCUCUUGACCACCAAGAACAACGUCCACGCGGGGAUUCGGAGCAGCUUGGAUUCCGAGAAGGACAUCGACUUGGACUCCAAGGUGGGCUUCACUAUCAUUCCAGCCUCGGAUAUGCUGAAGCGAGACGGUGUCUGGGGUGUCAUCGAGAAGAUCCGUGCCGUCAUUCCCCACGAUGGUGAGCCCGUGUACAUUUCUCUCGAUGUCGAUAGUCUAGAUGCUGCUUUUGUUCCUGGCACUGCUGGCCCCGCUUCUGGAGGCUGGACGCCACGAGAGGUUAUCCAGAUCAUCAUCGACGGACUGGAGGGGUUGAAUAUUGUCGGGGUCGAUGUGGUGGAGGUCCUCCCGUCUUUGGAUCAAGCUGAAAUUACGGGAAUUGCCGCUGCAGAAUUCACGAUCGAGGUAUGUGUGCAUCUCAAAAGAAAAUGA